AUGGGAACGCUGAAAGCUCCCAAGAAAGUACCUCAGACCUCUCCGACUCCAGCAACAUGGGAGGCUUAUAAAGGCAUCAUUCUCGAAUUGUGGUACUACCGAGAUCUCAAGCUUUCUGUAGUCAUGGCGCAAAUGAGCCAACGCGGCUUUCACGCAACCCCUCGGAUGUACAAAGCGCAGUUUGCCGAGUGGCAGGUGUGCAAGAACGCCACCAGGGACGACUGGCUGCCGGGAGCAAAACUAAUACAGACACUUCAAGAAUCUGGUAUUGCCAAUCCACAAAUCAAAAUCCACAACAAGGAUCGACAACUACGUGACCUGAGGAAGUGGCUUCGGGACCAUGACGAAAGCGAAGACGACUUUAUGACUGAGGCUAGAGGAUGGCAAGGGCCAACUCCUGAUCAUAUACGUGCUUGCGGUCCUAGAACGACGUCGGACAACAUGCCGCACUCUGCACCAGGCAGCUCUUCUGCUACGGCAACGCCGUUUGCCGAUACUUCAGUCGCCUAUCCUGAAAGCAUUGAGGUUGAUGAAGACGCCAGCGCCAAGUCUUGCCUCUCGGAUGAAGUUGCAGGUACUGUUGGUGCACUUCAUCAUGAAGGCCAGGGGCAUCAGCCCGGCUCAACAGCAAGUGGUUCUAAAAAGCAAGCUCCUGCGACCGGGGCAAUGACCCAUGAGGCACCGAUGAAUUCAGAGCUAACGAACAUGAGUGAACUCGGUACCUUUCCAAGGGUCCUCGGGGGGGACGUAGACGACAUGCUCCAGAACACUUACGGCCAGACACCUCCCCCGGUCCUGUCCACUAUCGCAGCUCCAAACCCGAUUUUGAGUUACUGGUAUGGAGCCGCUCACAUGAGAUAUGUCGUGGGGUGCGAACUCGCAGCCGUGUACGGCUACCUACGAAUGCACACGACCAUGAAUGAAUGGCUCAAUCAUGCAUCCGAUGGAUUCCGUCAAAUGUGCGCCGAAAACCAGCCAAUCAUCUUAUUAGCAGCAAGUGCUAUGCUCACGUGGCUGAGCAUACAUGUAAGCGAUAAUGUGGCUGGCAAAGUCCUGGCAGCAACGCUUUCCGUUGCUCAGACUGUCUUUGGCCCGCAAGAUCCUGUCACCCUGACCCUUAACUGGAUGGUCCUUGCGACGAAUGUGGAAAGGUUACGAAUUCAUCAAAUAGACACGAGGACCAUGCGACAUAUCUGGACAACCACCUCACAAACACUGGGCGACCAGCACUGUCAUACCAUGGUGGUACUCUACGGACUUUGUUUUCACCUCAUGGCCGUGGACAAGAAAUUCGCAGAGGCUGGCGAGCAUCUGGAGAGGCUUAUUGCGACGUCAACUCGAGUGCUAGGCUCAGCACAUGUCUUCACCAUCAAUAUUUUGGCAACGCUGAGCCGUGCACAACUACGUCAGGGUCGUGUCGAGUUAGCCCUGAGCACCAUAAACAGAAGCCUUAUUGCUGCCCCGUAUGGUCUCAAUCAUCCGCACCGACUCGAGUUGCUCCUGCGGAAAGCGAUAUUGCUCUGGAAACUUGGGCGCAGGGAAGAGACCAAAGAACUUUACAAAACCGUAACUAGGGGUCGAGUGGCAACCCUGGGCAGGCAUCACAAUAAAACUAUUUCGGCUCACAACAGCUUGAUAGACGUUGCUGAAGAGAGCGAGAACUGGGAAGCAGAGAAGGAUGAGCUACACCGCGUUUUGGCAGAUCCACAAAUGACGGUGGAGGACUAUGAGAGCUGGUGGCGGGACACGUUUGAUGCUGCCCGCAGGGAAAAGGGAGAAGGACCUUCCCUCGGAGACGAAAGUGACGAAUAG